AGGAAAAGGUUGGUUAAUAUUUUCCCAAAGACAAAAAGGAAAAUAUACAAAGUUAUACAGGAAAAGGAAUAUGUAUGUGAUCGGCUGGCUAUAUAAGAAGACCAUAGGGUGAAGGUUACUAAUAACAAAGCAAAUAACAAAGUGAAACCCAUGACGAAUAAUCCUAUAGCCCCACCAACUCCUGCGAAAAAAAGGAAGACGUCGUUGUCAUCAAUUCCAGAUGAUGUCAUUGUGAACGUCUUAGCUCGGAUCUCGAUAUCUCAGUACCGUUCCCUCUGCUUAGUCUCCAAAAACUUCUACUCUCUUCUAUCUUCUCCAGAUAUCUACUUUGCUCGAUCCCUAAUCGGUAUCACAGACGCUCGCCUCUACGUGUGCCUACGGCUACCCACUCCCUCCUCCAGUAGUCAUCGUCACAGAUGGUUCAAUCUCGGCUACCGUCAGGGUCAGUUAAGUUUAGUACCGGUAAGAACACUCUCUUCCUCGUAUUCACCAAACUCAACCUCUGUCGCCGUCCAUUCCGAAAUCUACCAGAUUUCUUGUAGAGCCGUUAGAGUUCUUGAUUGUCGGAGUCGUACGUGGCGUCCUGCUCCCGACAUGAUGGUGGCAAGGAAACACGCUAGGUCUUACUUUUUAGAUGACAAGAUAUAUGUAAUAGGAGGAUGCAAGGAAAAUUGGGGUGAGGUUUUCGACCUAAAGACUCAGAAUUGGAAGCCAUUGCCUAAGCCUCCUAGUGAUCAUGAUCACAAAGGUGUGGUUUAUGGAGGAAGGCUAUACGCUUUCACCAUGAACAAGAACAAGAACUACGCAUAUGAUCCGAAAGAAGAAAGAUGGGUACAAGAGGCGGGGUUUGUGGGUCUAGGACGUAUAACUGGACCUUUGUGCGUUAUAGGAAAUGAGAUUUUUGCUGAACAUGACCGUAAGUACACGUGGUAUAACCCAAUGAAUGGAAAGCAGCAGGUAAUAGAUGGUUUGAAUGAUGUGUACAAGAUACGUGCUAAUAAUUACAGAACGAUUCAAUUAGUUAACCAUGGUGGGAAACUGGUAAUUCUAUGGAAUGAGACUCGCAGGAAACGCAAGCGUCUUUGGUGUGCGGUGAUUAGCUUGGAGGAGCGUUCCACUCCAUUGGGAACUCGUAUGCGGGGGAAGGUCGAACGAUGCGAUCUUCUUUUGGAUUCAGCCCACAAGUCAUAUAUGCUCUCAAGCUGCCUAUCGGUUUUGCUCUGAAACUCAUAUGUUUACUAUAUUUCUAAUAAGAUGACUUUUUGUCUUUUCAUCAAAACAGGAAUCUUGCAUCAUAUUCCCUUUGCAUAAAUUAAAUCCAAUGUAAAUGUAUGAUCUCUGGAAACUAAAAUGGGUUGAUAUUAAUUAUGCUGUCUGCUUUGUGUAUUGUCUAGAGAAGGGGAGAGGGAUAAAAUCAUCAUCAUGUGGGUAUAGGUCCCUGGAUACCCUGACAACAUCCUGCUAACACCAACUGGAGACUUUUGGAUUGGGAUACACAGCAAGAAAUCUCCAGUUGGGAGAUUGAUAGUGGGGAACAGAUGGCUUGGGAAACUGGUUGAGAAGACGGUUAAGUUGGAGUUGUUGAUUGCUGUGAUGAAUGGAUUCAAACCGCAUGGAAUCGCGGUGAAAAUAUCCGGGGAGACGGGAGAGAUCCUUGAGAUAUUUGAGGACAAAGAAGGGAAGACGAUGAAGUAUGUAAAGAUGGAAAGAUAUGGUUUGGGUCUGUUUUUUGGCCAGCCGUUUGGGUAAAAAAAAAAAAACUCUGUUUUGUUGUUCGCAGUGAUGUGUUGUUCUAUACAGUAUUGAUAAAUAUUUCUUGUGUGUAACGUUUGUUCUCCGUGCCAUUAUUAGAGUAGUUGCAUCCACUUUUA